AUGUCUGACGAGUUGCAGCAACAGAACCUGGCUCGUCAGGUGGCUGCAUCCAACGUCGAGAGACUGGAGAAUUUCAACUUCUUGCUUUCUCGACACGAUCCCGCCGUCACCAAAUCGCGACAGUAUUCUUUUGAUGCUGAUUCCACGACCCUGGCAUCCUUCCAGAAUCUGAACAUGGAAUACGAUCAGACUGAAGGGAUGGGUGGUCUCUCUGUCAGCUCCUAUGAUAGCAUCGACGAUGACCGCAGUCCCAUCGAUGUGAGAGGGUACCCAUAUCAUGGGGACAAGUCCAUCAACUACUCGCUACCGGACCAGAUGCUCUCCUAUCCAGCCCACCCGAUCUACCCGCCCAUCUCAUACGGUGCCGAUGAGUUCAGCCACCCGCCGGGCGCCAUGACGCCCUCGGACGUCUCGUCAUCCAUCUCGCCACCCAACGGCCAGGUCGGCAACACCAAGUACAGCACGCCCAUCGCUGGCGACUCGAUCGCGUCCGCGCUGGGUCAGGAAGAGGAUCUGCGGCGCGCGGCCGAGGAGGACCGCCGCCGGCGCAACACAGCCGCCAGCGCCCGCUUCCGCAUGAAGAAGAAGCAGCGCGAGCAGGUCCUCGAGCGCACCGUCCGCGAAACCACCGAGAAGAACGCCACGCUCGAGGCCCGCGUCGCCCAGCUCGAGAUGGAGAACCGCUGGCUGAAGAACCUGCUGACAGAGAAACAUGACACUUCAUCGACGCGUAUGGCCCCGCCGGCUGCCGCUGGCAGCGAGGGCUCGUCCGCCCUGACCCAGAAAAAGGGGAAUGGGGUCACAGGCAGCGGGCAAAAACAUAUCCAGCCAAAAAAGAAGGGCGUGGGGACCGAGCACUAG